GACCCUAACACGCUGGACGGCAGGAGCGACUGACACAGAGACUGACUGACUUUUCAAAGUCUUCGCUCUUUCUGUCUCUGUCUCUAGACUUUUGAUAAGUCGUCUUUCUCUUCCACAAUCUCUCGUCUUUGUAAUUAGCUGCUGAAUAUCUAUGCAUGGCUUUGAUGAUGAUGAAGAAGCACUUUGGCUGCUUUAUCUAGUUGGCUCCUGCUUCUAGGUUUCCAGGUCUUAUUUAUCAAACAUGGCUAGUUAUGAUAAAGAUGAGGUGCCAAUGCUGUCAGAUGUACAGCCCCGAUUAUUUGAUGAAAAUGUGGAUUCUCGAUUUCAGGCGUUUAUUUCCAGGACUCGGAGUGCUUCGAUCUCAAUUCCUAUGGACUCCAUGGAUUCCUAUGAAAAUGAAGUCAACCUUGUAGGUUAUACUGGUCCAUUGCGUAGUGAGCGAAGAGUUCCAAUGAUACAGAUGAGUGGUCCAAUCUAUAGCAAUCGUAAAGCUGAUAAAAGUCACAAAAUAGUAGAACCCAAGGCUGAAAAAUUUCCUUCUUUUAAUGGGAUGGAUCAGCAAGAUUGGACAAAUGACAAAUAUGCUGGCAAAAAUGAACAUUUACUGCGGUCUGGGCAAUUGGGAAUAUGCAAUGAUCCUUAUUGCACAACAUGCCCAACAUAUUACAAUUUUAAACCAGUAAAGCAGAAACAUUCAAAAGCUUCAGUUUUAUUUGACCCUAAGUUCCAUAAUGUUCUCUAUGGGGACGCUAAAGGUUGGGCAAGGAGAUUCAUAUCUUUUCUAAGUCCAUAUAUUCCUGGAGUUAUGAAUCCUCAUACCAGAGUUGUUCAACAAUGGAACAAGUUUUUUGUCAUUUCUUGCUUGUUGGCAAUUUUUAUAGACCCUUUAUAUUUCUUCUUGCUUUCUGUGCAGAAGGAUAAUAGGUGCAUAUUUAUUAACUGGCCUCUGACUACGGCAAUUGUAGUUUUUAGGAGCAUAACUGAUUUCAUAUACUUAUUGAACAUACUUCUUCAGUUUAGGUUGGCUUAUAUAGCUCCUGAGUCUAGAGUUGUUGGUGCUGGAGAAUUAGUUGACCAUCCAAAGAAAAUUGCUUUGCACUACCUUCGUGGAUAUUUUUUUGUUGACUUAUUUAUUGUAUUACCACUUCCACAAAUUAUGAUACUAGUGGUUUUACCAGACAUUUUGGGAUCAUCUGGAGCAAAUUAUGCCAAAAACCUUUUACGAGCGGCAGUUCUUGUCCAGUACAUUCCCAGGUUGUAUAGGUUUUUACCUCUCCUUGUUGGUGUAUCUCCUAGCGGCUUCAUAUUUGAGACAGCACGGGCAAACUUUUUCAUAAAUCUGCUUACCUUUAUAUUGUCUGGACAUGUUGUUGGGUCGAGCUGGUACCUCUUUGGGUUGCAGAGGGUUAAUCAAUGUCUUCGUGAUGCCUGCCGUAAUUCUGGUAUUGAAGACACCUGUAUGGAAUUCAUAGAUUGUGGGUAUGGAAAUAGUUUUGCAAAAUUUGCUUCCAACCCAAAUUGGACAAGCUGGAAAAACGACAGCAAUGCUACUUCCUGUUUUACUGAAGAUGGUUUUUCAUAUGGCAUCUAUAUCCAAGCUGUAAAUCUCACAGCAGAGUCUAGUAUCAUCACCAGAUAUGUAUUUUCACUGUUUUGGGGAUUCCAGCAAAUCAGUACUCUCGCUGGAAACCAGAUGCCAAGUUAUUUUGUUUGGGAAGUCCUUUUUACAAUGGCCAUUAUUGGACUUGGCCUCUUGCUCUUUGCUUAUCUCAUAGGCAAUAUGCAGAACUUUCUCCAGUCUCUUGAUCGGAGGAGGUUAGAAAUGACACUGAGAAGACGUGAUGUUGAGCAAUGGAUGAGCCACCGGCGCUUGCCGCAAGAACUUAGAAGGAAAGUUCUAGAAGCUGAACGGUAUAACUGGGCUGCAACCAGAGGGGUAAAUGAAGAAAUGCUCUUGGAGAAUUUGCCUGAAGACCUCCAGAGGGAUAUAAGACGGCACCUCUUCAAAUUUGUUAAGAAAGAAGUUUGGAUUUUUGCUGUAAUGGAUGAACAUGUCUUGGAUGCCAUUUGUGAGAGACUAAAACAAAAAAUAUACAUCAAGGGUAGUGAAAUAUUGUAUCAUGGUGGUAUUGUUGAGAAGAUGGUUUUUAUCGUGCGCGGAAAAUUGGAAAGUAUUGGAGAAGAUGGGACCAUAACCCCCUUGUCUGAAGGGAAUGUCUGCGGUGAGGAACUCCUCACUUGGUGUCUUGAGCAUUCCUCAGUUGGCAAAGAUGGAAAGAAGAUCAAGAUUCCUGGACAGCGAUUGCAUAGUGGCAGGACAGUAAGAUGCCUGACAAAUGUCGAAGCAUUUUCACUUCAUGCUGCACAUCUCGAAGAAGUAACAGAUCUCUUUUCACGAAACUUACGAAAUCCACGUGUUCAAGGAGCCAUAAGGUAUGAAUCUCCCUACUGGAGAGGCCUUGCAGCUUCACGCAUUCAAGUUUCGUGGAGAUAUCGGCAGAAGCGUUUGAAACGAAUCAACAUCUCUCAAUCAAAUCAACCUAAAAACUAGACAGGUUUGUUUGUUGCAUUAUGCAUAUAUGUUUUGUAAUUUAUGUACACAGAAAUCCUCAGCCAUAUUCUGCAAUAUGGUUUUUGUAAAUAGACCAACAUGCAAUGAUCAUUUAUGGGUUUUUAUAUUGGAAGUCCCCAUUUAAUUGGAAACUAUUGAUUUGUGUAUUA